AUGUCGUUCCCUUCAUCUUCUCCAGAGCUGAAUCUCAAUCCUGUCAAUAAUUCUCCGAAUACCACGCUGCCUACGAAUUUGACCGCUCCUCACCAUGUGGCUACGGAACCCCCGAGCUCAGCCUCUCGCAGCUGUGUGACCUGUCGCCGCCGCAAAGUUCGGUGCAACAAGAGGUCCCCUUGUUCGAAUUGUACCAAAUCUGGCAUCGACUGCACCUUUCCCCCUCCUGGCCGUGCCCCGCGAAAAUCAAAGCGUCCACCGGACGCGGAGCUGCUUUCGCGGUUACGUCGCUUGGAAGGUGUCAUUGAUCAUCUAAGGGGUAGUGGUAAUGCAGAAGGCGCAGUGACACCAACUCAGGCGCCGUCUUCUACAACUGGAUCUUCGACCCUUCGGAGCGAACCCACUGCGCCCACUUCUGUUUCGACUGAGUCACAGAACCAGGCUGACAAGGGUGCCUGUCCCUUCGAAGAAUCGGAUCCGAAGAAACUUGCUCCCAAUAAGUUUGAGAAUGAAUUUGGGCGGUUAGUUAUUGAUGAAGGCCGGAGCCGAUAUGUCAGUAAUCGGCUCUGGGCUAGUCUUGGAGACGAGAUCGAGGAACUGCAGGAUAUUCUUGAUCAUUCAUCGUCAGAAGAAGAUGAUGCACCUUCACCAGAGUCCUCCAACUCGGGCUCCCAUGACGGUUUCCUUUUUGGAUUCUACUCACUUUCACAGUCCCUUCGAGAGUUUCAUCCCCCCAUGUUCAAAGUUUCAAUACUUUGGGAAAAAUAUCGGGAAAAUGUGGCCCCUCUGAUCACCAUUGUACACAGACCAACCGCCAAAAAGCUGUUUGCAGAGGCAGCACGUAAUCCGGAUACCCUGGACAAAAAUUCAGAGGCACUGGUAUUUGCUAUGUAUCUCUGCAGCAUCAUCAGUAUGAAGCCGGAUGAGUGUCUGUUCCAGUUCGGCGAAGACCGACCCACAGCCGUCAAGCGGUACAGAUUUGCUACAGAGCAAGCAUUGGCGAAAGCUGGGUUCUUGAAUACACAAAGCUUAAUCCUUCUGCAAGCCGCUGUUUUAUUCUUGGUCUGCGUGCGACGAGAAGAUGAUAGCAAGUUUGUGUGGUCUAUGACAUCGAUCGUAUUACGCCUUUCUCAGAGCUUGGGCUUGCACCGGGAUGGGACAAAUUUUGCCCUGAAACCGUUUGAAACGGAGAUGCGGCGUCGAUUGUGGUGGCAUAUCUCACUGUUGGAUGUCCGCUCAUCUGAAGACCAUGGAACGGACCCACUCAUUCACGAGAGCAUGUAUGAUACUCGGCUGCCGUUAAAUGUCAAUGACGAUGACCUGUUGCCCGACAUGCAGACACCCCCGGAAGAGCGAGAAGGCUUCACGGAUGUUACAUUCUGCCUCAUUCGCUGUGAAAUCACGAGCGCCUUGCGAAGAGCGAAUUAUGUCUGUCCUGCGGCCCGGACUCGUUUACCUCACAGUCUACCGCCUGUAGAUCGUGCCGGACGAAUGAUUCAGAUUAUAAGUGAUCGAUGUGAGCAACGGUAUAUCAGGCACUGUGAUAUGAACAUCCCCGCGCAGUGGUGCACCGCCACGGUUGGGCGUCUGAUUCUUGCUAAGUUAUGGUUGAUCCUCCAUCACCCAAUGACCCGAAAAAACCGCGGAAAUAAUGUGUCACAGGCAACUCGAGAGAGCUUGUUUCUGACUGCAAUUGAGGUUCUCGAGUUUGGUCACUUGCUUGAAGCUGAUCCCAAGACCGCUAAAUGGGGUUGGCUGUUUCGGACCAAUAUGCAAUGGCACGGAAUCGCAUUCGUUCUGUCUGAAAUAUGCGUCCGACCAAUUUGCCCUAUUACAGAUCGAGCUUGGAGCGCAGUCAGUGUGAUCUACGCGGAAUGGGCCGCCCAGGCCACACAUAAGAAGGGCAUGCUGUGGCGGCCGCUCGCUGCCUUGAUGAAAAGAGCCGCUGCCACCCGGUCCGAGCAGAAGCAAGAAUUGCUGUCCACUUUUGGGCCUGUGCCCACCACAACGGAGCCCAUUCGAAGCAUCCGCCAUAAUAACGCCCUUCCUCAGAUUCACAUGCCAAUGGGGAUGCUGAAUUCGCCCUCGCCAAAUCCACCAGGCCCAACAGCACCAAUUAUAUUUGAUGCCGACCACAAUAUUGACCUCAGCAAUGGACCGUUGGAUGCUUUCCGAAACAUGUUCCCUGGUACAGACAUCCUGGCUACAUCAAAUGAUAUAUUUGAUGCUCCGCUGGCCCAGAAUAAUAUCUCAGCACCAAGCUUGUCCGCAAGCCUGCCCUACACUACAGCCACGAGCAAUCCAUUCUUGAAUCAGACUUUUUUUCCAGAUGCCGCUCAGCUCAGCUGGGAGGAAUGGGACCAAGUCCUGCGUGAUUUCCAGAUGGAUAUUGAAAAAGCCGAUUCCCAGCCAAUCAACGCAACUAAUUUUGCUGAAUGGUUUGCUUAG